UCUGGAGGGCUAGUUGGUAAAUAACCUGCUGGGUGUCUAUCGCCCAUAGGUUGGGUUCGGCAGGACCCUAGGUGCCAGUGGAAGUUCGGGGCUUCGAUCGAGCGCUUGCGGCAGGUGCGUGUGCCCCUCCGGUUGGAGUAAGGCCACGCAACAUCAGGGGAGAUGGAAGCAGCCCCAGGGGGGGUUUUGCAUUCCUGUGCACAGGGCCGGAUGGUCCUUCCCUGCGUGCGGAAUCAGAGGGAUUGACGGGAGACGCUUCAGAGGAACUUCCGAACAUCUGGAGACGCCUCACGCCUGACCUAUGAAAGUCAUCAAUGAUCCUUCCAUGCCCGGAGCAGGCUCUGAGCGGCGAGUGUUGUUAUAUCCAUUAGACAGGGAGGACCCUUUUCCAGGAACUAUGGAAGAGAUAAAAAUCAGUAUAGUUAAUGAUCGAGCAACUGGAUUGAAACGAGAAAGGGAUGAAAUCUCAGCAGUGACUCCUUCGGCUAAGAGAUCAUGUCGUGCUGGCUUUAGUUGUAGCACACCUUCAUCUGCCUCUACCCGUACAUGGUCCUCCCAGAACCCGGGUUUUGCAGCCUGGCAACCGCUAGGGGAAGGUGAUGAGUUGGAUGAUUCUUUAUUGGAUCUGUCCAGUGAUGAGAGUAACUCUCCCUUGGGCUUGACUCAGGAUGAAAUGGACACCUGUUUGCUGGAUGAUGAUGAUGACUCUUGCUAUGCUGCUGAACCUUCAAUAAUGUAUAAUGAGAUGCCUACAUCUGUGGUCACAUUUACACCUUCAGAGUCAGAAAAUGAAGGCAAGAAUAGUCGCGCUUCACUUUGUGAGACACUGGAGAUUGCUGACAUUUCAGCUGAAGAACCAGAGUGUGAGGGAGACAUAAGCAGCUAUGCUGCAAUGCCUCCAUCACCCUCCCAUUCAGCUAUAGACCCUGCAGAGGGGUUUGAAUCAAACCAAACCAGUGUAUGCAACGUGAAAUCCCCUCAUGAGCUACUGGCAGCUAAAUCGGUGAUGGACAGCGAUCUGCUAACACCACUGUUGGACAUAAAGGAAGCGCCUACUUCUCAGCUUCCUAAGUCAUGCUCUCCACAACCUCUGCAGCCAUCCAUCUCAUUAUAUAGGAUUGAUGAUGCAGAGAAUAGGAUUGAGGACCCAGGCUUUGUUUUUGAUUGUGAUAUUGACAAUAUCUUGACAAUAAGUCCUGGGGUUGCUUUUUCAUCAGAAGAAGACAGUGGUGUACAAAUGGCAGCCAAUACCACUAAAGGUACCAGUUCAGUAAUAUCAGACUCUGCAAUGUCUCCAUCACCCUCCUAUUCAGCUAUAGACCCUGCAGAGGUGAUUGAACCAAACCAAUCUAGUGUAUGCAAUGUGAAAUCCCCUCAUGAGUUACUGGCAGCUAAAUCAGUGAUGGACAGCGAUCUGCUAACACCACUGUCGGACGUAAAGGAAGCUCCUGCUUCUCAGCUUCCUAAGUCAUGCUCUUCACAACCUCUGCAGCCAUCCAUCUCAUCGUAUUGGAUUGAUGAUGCAGAGAAUUGGAGUGAGGACCCAGGCUUUGUUUUUGAUUGUGAUAUUGACAAUCUCUUGACAAUAAGUCCUGGGGUUGUCUUUUCAUCAGAAGAAGACAGUGGUGUACAAAUGGCAGACAAUACCAGUAAAGGUACCAGUUCACUAAUAUCAGACUCUGCAAUACCUCCAGCGGAUUUAGAGUCUGAUCAGGUUUUAACAGUCCAUGCGGCAAGCUCCAAUACUUCAGAUGCAACUCGGAACCAUCCCCCACCUCUUAAUACAGAUAGCUUACCCAAGGUUUAUCAUCAUCAUCCACCUGCAAAACCAGAGCCCAUAAAUGAAUCUUUACCUUCCACAACUUCCCCUAUAGUUACUGCAGAGCCAAAACUGACCACUGAGUCUCCUGGAACCGAACAAAAUGUAGAGUCUGAAAAGCCAUCCAAGGUUGAAGAAAGUAACGGCGUUCAGAACGAUGAGCCUACCUCAAAGCCAACAGAUCCAACUCCAAGUGCUAAUGGCAGUCAGUCCAAGAUCGUGGCCUCUUCAGCUUGUAAGACGCACAGUUCUUCAGACCCACAAAAGAAAAAGCCAGUAAUUGCAGUUACAGCAUUACGUGGACCAUCUUUCAGAUCACAUCUAUCAGAGGUAGAAAAGAACAAUUACUGCAAUCUGGUUUUGAUACACAUUAGUGGGCAAGGAGAAAGCAACUUGGAAGGUCCUUCUCGUGAGUUGGGAUCAUUAUUGCACCAAACCAGUCUUAAGAAUCCGAACUGGAAGAACCCAUCAUUUUUCACUAAAAGGAAUCACCCUCGCUUUGGAAAGAAGCCAUCUAAAUUCUGCAGCUUAAAUCAGUGGGUGAAAAAAAAUGGAGGUGCUUAUGAACGCUUUAAGAACUUCCCAGCGACAUUCCAAAGAAGUCCAGUGCCUGAUGCUCUACCCGUCCGCCCUUCAUGAAUGCGGAACACUGUGAAUGAAGAUGUUUUGAUGUUUCCUCUUUUUCUUUCUGGUUUUUGUUUUAAUCGUUUUGAUGUUUUUGUAUUGAAUGUAAUUGUUUACGCCACCAGCAGGUGUCACCUGUUGUGAUGUCCUGAGUUCUAGCUGUUUGUUCACUUCUGUGUUACCUUUUAUAAAUGAUGCUCCCUGUUUUUGUUUUUAUUGAAGUUUAGCAGGGGUUUUAUGACUGUUGUAGAUUUCUGUUGGUCUCUGCUCAGUUAUAAUAAAAUUUGACAUUUUCA